AUGUCCACCACCAGCACAUCAUCCGAUACUCUUCCCUCGAAUGUUCCGAAGCUUGAGCCUAAUGGCAUCAUCUGGGCUAUCUUCUUCGAGCGUUUCCGCACCGCCGUUAACGCAAAGAACAAGUGGGCUCACUUCGACGGUUCGUCUCCUCGUCCCUCGACUGCUAACCCGGCUACCCAAGCAGAACUCGCUGCCGUGAAAACAUGGGACGAAGCGGAAAGAGUUGCGCUCUACCUCCUAUCUCAGCAUCUUCCGGACUCGGUUCUGGUUUGUGUCAUGCAUCUCACGACCUGCGAAGAGCGCUGGAAGGCCGUUGUUGAGGAGAUGACGCGUAAUGGCACCUAUACUCGCACGGAGCUUCGUAUAUCUUUCUUGGAACAGUCUCCCUAG